AUGGACCAGGGGCAGUGGGAGCACCAGGAGCUGGACCACAGUUCAUCUCUGCUGGAGCCACGGGACUCCCAGGACUCCCGGGAGCUGCUGGACCCCCGGGCUGCGCUGGGAGCCGGGAUUCCGCAUCCUCUCACUCGCCCUCGGGGACCCUCCCCGGUUUCGGCGGCGCUGCCCACCCGGGGGAGCCGCUCGGGGUCGCCGGGGCGGCGGCGGCGGCGGCGGCCCCCGGAGCCUGGCCCGCCGUCAGGGGAACCAAUGCGGAAUUUCCUGGCUGGCGGCGGAGCCCCUCCCGCCGCUGCAGAGAGGGGCGCGGGGGAGGCGGCGGGAGCGAUCGCAGCGCGGCUUCCGCCCGCCGAGCGGCAGCGGGGCCCGGCCGGGAGCGGGGCGGGCGGCGGCGGAGCCGGGGCGGGGAGCAGCGCCCGGCCCUGCACGGGCUGUGCCGGCUCCGGUUCCGGCGGGGCCCCGCCGCUGAUGGCGGCCCGCGGGCUGCGGCCGCCCCGCCGCGCCCGGGCUGGGGCCGCGCUGCUGCCGCUGCUGCUGCCGCUGCUGCUGCCGCUGCUGAGCCGCGGAGCCGCCCAGGAGCUGAGCCCCCGCGGCAGGAACGUCUGCAGGGCCGGCGGCUCCUCGGUUCUCGUGUGCUGCCUGGGAUGGAGGCAACAGGGAAGCGAGUGUUUAAUAGCCGUGUGCGAGGGGAACUUCACCUGCAAGGAGAACGAGGUGUGCGUCCGGCCGGGCGAGUGCCGCUGCCGCCACGGCUACUUCGGCGCCAACUGCGACACCAAGUGUCCCCGGCAGUUCUGGGGUCCCGACUGCAAGGAGAUGUGCACCUGCCACCCCAACGGGCAGUGCGAGGACGUGACGGGGCAGUGCACCUGCAACGCCAACCGCUGGGGCCCCAGGUGCGAGAACCUCUGCCUCUGCAAGCACGGCAAGUGCGACCAGAGGACGGGCAAGUGCACCUGCGAGCCCAACUGGUGGGGCCCGCAGUGCUCCAGCUCCUGCUACUGCAGCCACAACUCGCAGUGCGACCAGCAGACGGGCAGCUGCCUGUGCCAGCCGGGCUGGUGGGGCCGCGGCUGCAACAACCAGUGCUCCUGCAACAACUCGCCCUGCGAGCAGUUCACGGGGCGCUGCCAGUGCCGCGACAGGACCUUCGGGCCGCGCUGCGACCGCUACUGCCAGUGCUACCGGGGCAAGUGCAACCAGCUGGACGGGACCUGCGCCUGCGAGCCGGGCUACCGGGGCAAGUACUGCCGCGAGCCCUGCCCCGCCGGCUUCUACGGCCAGGGCUGCAGGAGGCGGUGUGGGCAGUGCAAGAGCCUGCAGCCGUGCACCGUGGCCGACGGGCGCUGCCUGACGUGCGAGGCAGGCUGGAACGGCACCAAGUGCGACCAGCCCUGCUCGCCCGGCUUCUACGGAGAGGGCUGUGAGAAGCUCUGUCCCCCCUGCAAGGAUGGCCACACCUGCAAUCACAUCAAUGGCAAAUGCUCCCACUGCAACCCGGGCUGGAUCGGAGACCGGUGUGAAACCAAGUGCCGGAACGGGACGUACGGGGAGAACUGUGCCUUCGUCUGCAGCGACUGCGUCAACGGCCAGUGCCACUUCGAGACUGGCCAGUGCCUCUGCCACCCUGGCUCCCACGGCACAUACUGUAACCUGACCUGCCCCCCCGGGCGCUUCGGGGCCAACUGUGCCGAGCUGUGCGGCUGCCACGACGGCGCCUGCGACCCGCUGACGGGCGCCUGCCACAUGGAGGCCAACCAGAGGAUGGGGGUGAUCGGGGCGGGGGCCCUCCUGGCACUGCUGCUCAUCCUCCUGCUCUCCCUGCUCUGCUGCUGCUGCGUCUACCGCAAGAAGGACGAAGCCGGCGGCUCCAGCCAGGACCCAGCAGCAGCCAAGAAGCCUCCAAGGCGUUUGUGUGGGCGGUUCAGUCGCAUUGGGAUGAAGCUCCCACGCAUCCCCCUGCGCCGCCAGAAGCUGCCCAAGGUCAUGGUGGCCCACCAUGACCUGGAAAACACCCUGAACUGCAGCUUCAUCGAGCCACUGUCUGUGGUGGAGCAGCCUUCCCCAUCCUGGUCGUCCCGUGGCUCCUUCUCCUCCUUUGACACCACAGACGAGGGGCCUGUGUACUGUGUCCCCCAUGAAGAGAGCAUGGGUGACAGCAGGGACAGAGGGACACCUGCCAGCCCCGGGGACAAGCUGGUGGUCCCCAUUAGCGGGGAGGAAGCGGGCGAGUACACGUUCCUGAAGGAGACGGGCUCUGUCCGAGCCUUCCCGACCGACAGCAGCGAGACGCCCCUGCUCAAGUCCUCGGACAGCGAACGCUCCUCCUGCGGUUCGGGCUCGGCCGGCGCCGCGCUCUACGCCAGGGUCGCCCGCCUCUCCAAGCAGUCCAGGGAGGAGGAGGAUGCCGCUGCGGAGCCCCGCAGCCCCGAGAAGCCGCCAUCCCCGGAAAGGACCAAGCCCCGUCCUCCAGACCCGGCCACGAAGCCCAAAGUCUCCUGGAUCCACGGCAGGUACAGCUCUGGCCAGUCCAACUCCCUGCCGGCACCCGGCCAGCCCCCAGAGCAAGUGGGCGCCCGGUCCGGCAGCCCCGAGCAAGACCAGAGCCUGGCCAGGAGGAAGAGGAGUCCGAGCGAGACGUCGGCCAGUGUGCAGGGCAGAGCGGAGGAGAAGGGCGGCUCCCGGGGCAAGGAGAAAGCUCAGAAGCAGCCAAAGGAGCCCGGCAUCCCCGAGGGCAAAUCCAACCUCUGCGGGGAGCCCCAGUCACCCUCCAAACCCAAGCAGAGGAGCAAAGCCGGCUCGGAGCCGAUGGAGACCAUCAACGGGGCGGUGCAGAACGCCUUCCGAAAGAUGGGCGCCUUCCAGCCGGAGCGGCGGGCCGGGGACACCAGGGAUGCUCCUUGUAGCCCCGGCACCAGCAAACCCCGCUCCGAGCCGCUGUAUCCCCAGCUGGCCUCCGAACUGGCCGCUCAGCUGAAGGAAAAGACUCAGAGCCUCAACAAGGGGGACGGAGGCAUCCGGGCGAACGGGGUCGGCGCCCAGCGGGAGAAGCCCACCCCUCCCCAGAAAGCCAAGCGCUCGGCGGCCGCCGGCGGCCAGAAGACCAGCAAACCCUUGCUGCCCACCUCUCCCCAUCUGCAAAAACUGAUCCCCGCCGCGGCCGAGACGGCAGCCGGGGAGCCCAAGUGGGUGGAGAAGCCGAGUGCCGGCAGCGGCCAGGAUCAGACUCUCCCCACGGACCAGACGGCCAAGAAAACUCCCAUUAAGAAGCCUCCCAGAAAGAAGAGCCGGGAAGCGAGCCUGGAGCCGCCCAGGGCAGCGGCUGCUGUGCCAGCUCAGGCAGUGCAGUGACCAGGAGCCGGCCACCGGCCCCGCACCGGCCGCACACCGGGAACAAGGACAUUUGCCAGCACAACCAGCGAACGUGGGAGCCCGGACUGGGCUAGGGGCACUGGAAGAGCCUUAAUCCUCCCUUUAUUGCCCUCCACCUCACUCAUCGCCCUUUGUGCCUUAGUCCUCCUUGCCCCAGGACCCCGUCCCUCCAGCCGUGCCCGCUCCUGCUCUCCGCCGGGUCUCGGCUCGCCGUCCCUCUGCGCAGGGCGGGACCGCCAGGAGCCGCCCCGGGGGCUCCGUGUGUGGCGUAUCCCCCCCACACACUCUUUUUGUAGCAGUAUUAUCGACCGCAUAAGCAGCGCUUGUACUAGACGUGCCCACGGUAUAUUCUGCAGUAACCGAGCCGCUCGCUUCCCGCUCUCCGUUCCGGUCUGUUUGGGUCGCGGAGCACGGGAGAGGGAGAGAGCUGCUGCUCCGUGCCCGGGGCAGUGCCACAGAUGUGCCCCGCAUCCACCGCCGGCAGCAGCUCCCCUGCCCCGGCGCCCUCCAGGCACAGCUCUCCACUGCCGGUGCAUGCCGGAGUGGGGUCGAGCUGGUUUCGACCGAUGCCACCCUCCCUCCCUCCGCCCCGGCGCUGCUCCUGGCCAGGAGGAAGCACUAUUUAUGGAUGGAGCUGGACGCCCUUCGGGCUCCUGCGUCCCGUCCAGUGGGACGGGAGGGAUUAGUUUGGUAUGAGAGAGCCUGGCACCUCUGCAGAGCGCUUUCCUAAUAAAAAUGUAUUUCUUCCAUA